AUGUCUGCCGAACCUUACUGCGACCUAACACUAGAGACAAAGGAAGGCGAAAUAAUACCGUGGUAUUACUCACAACUACAACGUAUUUGCCCAUUUCUGGAAGGAAAAGCGAUAUCGAAAAAGUAUCAUGACUUGAAAAUGUGUCUUCUUCUACCGUAUUCGAAAGAAUUAGUUAAUCUACUUGUUAAUCCAAAUAAGCCACUGUCUGAUUUCAAAUGGCUUGCUCUAGAGCUAGCACUCGAAGAUAUAAAGGAUGACGAAGAUCUUGCGCGUUUGAAGGCGAAGAUUUUACGACACAUGCUCGAUCACAUAUCUGUAAGUAAUUGUGUGAGUAUAUGGUUAAAGCUUGAGAACUUGAAGAACGCAAUGGCCGAAAGGGCUUUGCGUUUCAUACUGUAUAAUCUAAGCAGAGGUGUACACGAAAAGUCAAUAUGUCUACAGUUUUACAGGCUACCGCUCGAAUAUCUACAACUGUUUGUGGAUGAUGACCGAUUAAAUAUACGCUCUGAGGAUGAUGUUUUAGAGAUUGUAGAAGCAUGGAUAGAUGUAUGUGAUGGACGUGAGACACAUCUUGAGAAGCUACUUGCUAUGGUACGGCUUGCAGGAUUAACUGCUGAGAAACUCAAUGAACUCACAGCCGAGAGUCGUCUCCAUCUUCUGUCUACAAAACCAGUUCGGCCACCACGCGAUCAGCUGGUAAUGUUCGGCGGGUGGUAUGGUGGUCGUACGCAUUCUCGUAUUGACAUUUACGACCAGAUGAGACGGGAAUGGAAACCACUUUGCGAUUUGAGCCUUAUUCAUCCUAUCGCUUAUCAUGGAGCUGUUGUUCUUAACGACGAAUUAUACGUGAUCGGUGGCACUGACGGCGAAAAUCACUACAGCACAGUGAUGAAGAUGAAUAUGCGAGGUGAAUGGACGGAAGUGGCGCCGAUGUUUGAGACGAGGACGUACAUCAGUAACAGUUGCUGUGUGAUGGAUGGGAUGAUUUAUGUUUGCGGCGGUUUUGACGUACGUUCUAUGAGCCACAGAAGACGUCAUGACCGUCUCAAAUGUGUUGAACGUUAUGAUCCUGCGUUAAACAGAUGGGAGAGGAUACCAGAUAUGAACCAAAUGCGUUCCGAUGCUGCAGCAGUAAGUGCUGGUGGAAAACUUUACGUCUCCGGCGGAUUUAAUGGUAAUGAGGUGCUACAAACGGUUGAGGUGUAUUCGUUAGCGACAAAUAGUUGGACUGAAGUUGCAAAUUUGCCUUCUCCUCGAUCAGGUCACUGCAUGUUGUUGUAUGACCCUCACACGAUGAUCGUCCUGGGCGGAUUUAAUGGAGAUGAUCGACUCACAAGUGUAUGCACAUGGAAGAUAGGACACCUGUCAUGGUCAGAAGAUGAACCACCAAUGAAAUCGAAGAGAUCAAACUUUUCGGCCUGCUUUUUUGAUGAUAAACUUGUGGUCGCUGGUGGAUACUCAGUAUCAUCCACAAUUUCUGGAGUUGAAAAAUUCGAUGGGAAAGAAUGGAGCGACAUGCCUGAUUUGCCUACAAAUCGCAGUGCAAUGAAAAUUAUAGUGCUGCCUGACUUUCGUGAUGUUGCUAUGACAAAACUUGGGAACGAUGAGACAAGAAAAAAGUGGUUAGAACAGGAAAGACGUAUUACAAUAGAGAAGAGCGGAGCAUCGCAGCGGAAUCGAAACAUUGAUGAACAACGUCAUAUACCGUAA